CACAAACCCACAUGCAUUCAGAAGCCCUCCCAGCGUGUGCCAUUUCUGGUCUCGGUUUCCUCUAGUUUCAUCGACUUGGAAGGAUAAUCUAGUGGAAUGCAGUAAACCACAAACUGAGUUCAUCUGACAAAAAAAUAUCAGAAGAGGAUGAAGAAAGUCAAUGAAGUUCAACAGGAAACUUCAGGAAAUGCAGCAGGUACUGAUGCACAGGCUGUAAAGAAGAAAAAGAAGAGAGGAAAGAGGAAGAAGAAGGUAGUUGCAGCUGUUGCAGCUGUUGCAGCUGUUACAAAUGGGGCAGCCCAGGAGCAAACGAAGAAGAAGAAGAAGAGGAAGAGGGGCAAGAAAAGAGCAAGAACCAAUAGCGUUGGGGAAUCAGUGGACGGGACGCAGACAGCUGGAGGACAGGCAGGAACAGAUACACAGGUAAACUCCCCAGAAGCCAAGGGAAAGAAAUUGAAGAAAUCAAAUGAUAAUGACAAUACCAGUGAACCAAUAGAAACUGUGGGAAAAGAGAAAUUGAAGGUAAAUGAUCAAGAUACACCCGUGGAAAGUAAGGGAAAGAAGAAGUUAAAGGUAAAUGAUGAAGGUGUUCCAGUGGAAGGCAAAGGGAAAAAGAAAGGGAAGAAGAGAAAUAAUGAAGCUAUACCAGUGGAAGCCAAAGGGAAAAAGAGGGAGUUGGAGGAGGUAAAUGAUGAAGGAGAAUUAGUGGAUGUGAAAAAGACAGAAAAGGUCAAAGACGGCAAAUCAGCUGUCAAAAAGAAGAAAAUGAAUGCCGACAAAGAAGUUGAUGUGUCCACAGCAGGCAGUGAGACCAAGGAAGUGGAAAACAAGAGUAAUGAGAAAGUGGUGUUUGAGAAAAAACUCAAGAAAAAGAAGAAGAUGAAAAAGAUGAAUCAAAUUCAAGUUGGUACAAACAGUACAGCAGAAGAUGGGGCACAGGAUCCUAAGGAGGCAGAGGAAGAUAAAACUCCAGUAAAGAAAGCAGAGGAUUUAUCAGCAGAACCUGAGAACUCUGAACCACAAAGACCAGAAGAGGAUGUCGGAACUCCGGCUAAAAAGAAGAAAAAGAAGAAAAAGAAGUCUACAUCUGGAGCAGUGAGAUUAAAUCCUGCAUACAGCGAUCCUACCAACAAAAAUGAGAUAAAAAAACAUUGGACGGAAGAUGGGGCACCACUUAAGAAAGAUAAUGGUUUAGAAAUAAUUAAGAAGCCGUUCACCUGCGGUUACCUGCCUGGCUUUUUGGAGAAUGCUGACAUACUGAAGAGCAUUGAGGAGGAACUGAAGAACAUUCCCCCUAUUAAGAAGAAUAAUGAUUUGUACAAGUUUACACAGACUCCAGAUCUGAAGUCAUCGGACAAACCCCACAUUUUGCGCCUUCGAGAUUUCUUGUAUGGGGACUUCAGGAAGUGGUUGACAGAGGUGACUGGCAUACCGCUGAAUGAGACGGUCGACAUGGGUUCCUCUACCUAUGAGCAUACAGACGUGUUGUUAUGCCAUGACGAUGAACUAGAAGGCCGUCGCAUAGCCUAUAUCCUGUACCUGGUGCCGUCAUGGGAAGCAAGUGAUGGUGGCACGCUUGAUCUCUUUGACACUGACAAAAAUGGCCAGCCCAAGAACAUUGUGAGAUCGUUAGUCCCGCAGUGGAACACGUUUGCCUUCUUCGAGGUCUCUCCCAUUUCAUUCCAUCAGGUAGCAGAGGUUUUAUCCAAGGAUAAGACUCGCCUCUCCAUCAACGGCUGGUUCCACGGUCCUCCCAUCGAUAGACCUCCUAAGUACGAGGAGCCACCAAGACCAUUCUUGUAUCCCAAGCAUGUAGAGGAAGAUGUACUGUACAGCUGGAUCAACCCAGCCUACCUGGAGGAAAGCACACAGAAGACAAUCCGAAAAAAGUUUGGCACAGACUCGGAAAUAGAACUAGAAAGUUUUUUGACAGAGGAGAAGUAUGAGGCACUCAGCACAGCUCUCAAAAACCAAGGAUUAAAGUGGAAGAGAACAGGACCUGCUAAUAAGAACUCCUAUCAGGUGUUGACCAACAAGCAACCAGAAGUGCUGAAGGAGUGCUUGUCUGUCCUACAGUCUGAGGCCAUGUUCCUUAUCCUGUCUCAGCUGACAGGUCUUUCUCUACACAAGCUUGCUCCACCUGACUCUGAUCCAGACAGUGAUGAGGAAGAUGAAGAGAAAGAGCCAAACCCACGGCUAAGAGUUCGUGUGGGGCGGUGGAGUCAUGGCUCCUACACCCUCAUCCGAGACAGCGAUGCGGAGGAGCAGGAGAGUGCCCUGGAUGCUACUCUCUUUGUGUCUGUGUCUGACAAGUGGAGGGAAGACCUGGGAGGGUACAACAGCUAUAUCAGCAAGGAUGAAGAUGCGGAGUUGCUGAGUGUGCUGCCUCGUUCCAACUGCUUUGCCCUAGUCUACCGUGAUGCUGAGACUCUCAAGUUCACGAAGCACAUCAAUGCAGGUGUCUUGGAUCUUGAAGAGGAAGACAGACACUACUUUGAUAUAAACUGCAAAUACUAUGAGUGAUACAGUUAACAAGGUUGUUAUUUAUGUUAUUGUUAUUUCUUUACUCCUGUUUCCCUUAUUUGAAAUUCUGUUAUGACUGACUGUAACAGAGCAAGAAUUCUACAUUAUUAGUAAUGUAGAGAAAAAUAGCUGUGAUUUUUCGUAUUAAUUUUUUGUCUAAGUAAAUGUUAGACUGUAUGUAAUGUAUGUUGUCAAGUGAUAUAUUACCUACCAGGGUUUGGUAUUAAAACAUCAUUUAGUAUCAAAUUUUGUCAAAAUUUAGUAUCAAAUUUUGUCAAAAUUACACUAUGUUAAAAUCUAUCUGGCUGUGCUAUAUAAUAGUGUUUUGAUGAUUGCCUCACAAAAUUGGAAAAAUAUCAUUUUUUUUUCUAAAUCUUCUAAGAAGCAGCAGCUAGAUCUAAUAAAUAUUGAUAGACAUUCAGUUCUUCCAGUCAGAUUGUGAGUGAAUUCUUGAUUGUAUAAAAGAAAACAACA